AUCCUAUCCGACCCCGGUAGCUUUUGCCGCUGUCGGCCCCCCUCCGCGCUUCCGGUUCGGCGAGCCCCGGCGGUGGCAGCAGAAGCAGCACCAGAAGGUUCUUGCGCCUGCCUGAGCAAUAAUAAUAAACACUCCGUCACUCGAAGAUUCCUCUGUGUAAGAUUACAGUUAUUGGAUUAUGAUCAGCAUAGCAACAUUUCAAGAAGAUUAAAUAUAUUCUUGGAGCUGCUGAAUAUUGGAAGGUACUAAGUAUGACUAAAAUAACUACAGAACUUCUGUUGGAAAGAGCAGUGCCCAAAUCUACAAGGCUACGAAAGAUCAAAACGUUGAACUUGUCCAAGUUGCAAAUAACCACAGAAGAUUUGGCGCCACAGUUAUUCUCUCAUCUCCGCCAUCUCCAGGAACUUGAUCUCUCUGACAAUCUCUUAGAACGGCUUCCUGACAAUCUCAGUUUGCCAAAUCUCCGCAUCCUAAAUUGUAACAACAAUCACUUGGAAGAUGUGACAGCCUUUCAGCAGUUUCCACAGCUGGAGGAGCUCACCUAUGCCAACAAUGUAUACCUGACACCCAGUGAUGAUUAUAAGGUUAUAUUUCUUUUGCAAAAUCUCCGUCAGUUGAAUGGCAAAGACAUCACCAAGCUGGCCAAUCAUGUGAGAGUCGUCAACAGUCGAGAGCUAACUAAUAGAGUCUCUGCUCAUUGGGGAAAAAAUUUUCAAAACCAGAUGCCUAAAACAUUGUCUUCUGAACAACUGAAGCCAAUUAGAAAAAAGUUCAUCAGGUCUGCACAAGCUCAUGUAGCAUAUGGUCCCAGCUCACUCAGUGAUUUCACACGUUGGAGGGUGAAAAUGAUUGCUGAGGAAUUCCUCACUUCGUUGAUUAAUGAAGAACAUAAGCCUGCUACAGAAACAGCAGCAGAAUCAAUAGAGGAGCAAGAGGAGGAGGAGGAGGAAGAAGAAGAGGAGGAGGAGAAAGAAGAGGAGGAGGAAGAAGAAAAAGAAGAAAUUAAAAAAAAUACCACGGAGGCUGACAAAAAAGUUACUGCUAAGAGACCAGUAACUCCCAGCAAGAGGAAAGGGGCUCGUUCCAAAGGAAGAGCAAAGAGCAAGAGAUCCCAUUCUCAAAGCAGUUCCAAGGAAGAAGCAUCACCCAGCCCCAAGAAGCUCAGCCGCUUGCAGGAUGAGCACAAUACUGAGGCCACAAAAGCCUCUCGCACACAGGCCAAGGAAUCCCAGACCCCUCCGGAUCCUGACGGAGCCCAUCGGAAUGGAGGGCGGCUUCCAAAAGCACAAAGCUACAAAAAGGUCACUCAGCAGAAAGAAGAGCACAAAGAGGAAGAGGAAGAGGAUGAAAGAGAUGUUUGCAGCACUCCAGUGAAGGACUUGGAAUGUGAGGAAACAAUUACCCUCGAACCGGUCCAUUUUCUACAAUGUCAUAGUAAGGCCAACAACAGGGAUGACUUCAAGACCCAAUUAUGGGCCUGUGUUUUUGAGCCACCACUAGAUUGUGGGACGAGAAAAGACCCUGUGGUGAGCUCUUCUAGGACAGCAGCUACCUGUGGCGGAGAUUCUGUUUGUUUGGUUGACUGUGAAACAGGCAUUGUUUUGAAAAAGUACAAAGUGACUGGGGAGGAGUUUUACACUGUCACAUGGACAACUCUGACAAUGGUAACAAGUGAUGGGAGAAAGAAAAAACACAACGUUUUGGCUGCUGCUGGGAGAAGAGGAAUCGUAAAGCUAAUUCAUGUGACUGCCGAUUACUGUUAUGGAGAAAUCAAGGCUCACAAGAAACCCAUUGCUACUGCUUGCUUUAGUCCAACCUGUGAAACGCACCUUUUCACUGCCUCCUAUGACAAAAAAAUAUGUGCGUGGGACAUUGGAAUUCCAGACUGUGACUAUAACUUCAAAGAAAGGCAACUGAUGGUACUGGAGACCAUUUCCACACCUUUACGUAUUGCCUUAGUACCCUCUUGCCCAGAUCGGUUCUUGGUGGCUGGUUGCGAACAGGGCUGCUUUGCCUGGGAUAUUAGACUGGAUGAUAAGCCGCAGAAAAACAGAGCUUUUGAAGUUGAAUUUCAAUUUCCAGAUGAUGAAGGGAAUGACACCUCUUCUCACCAGGUGGAUGGCCUAGCCUUUCUGAAUGAAGACAUUGUGGUUACCAAGAGUUCAAAGAGAGCAUCUAUAAACCUCUGGAGCUGGAGUCGCUCUUUCAAACAAGGCAAAGGUGGGCGGAGGACAGUGCAGGCUGUCAUCCUGGCUGAACUGGAAUGGUCUUCAACAGAUCUUCCUUACCUCACUCUCAGCACAUGCCCAACAGAAGAAUAUGUGUUCUGUGGUGAUGAGAAAGGAAGCAUCUGGAUGUAUGACCUCAGCAACCAUUUGUCAGCUCUUUGUGCCACCAAGGAAGAUUGCCCAACCGAGAGAAUAGGGCCUUCCCAGAUUCUAAAGUGGCCGGAAUUGAAGGCAAAUGGCGAGUUGCUGACAGAUGUCUUGGUGAACAAUGUGGUCACAGAUCCCACUUUUACAUAUCUAGUCGCGCUGACAGAUGUCAACAUUGCCGCAAUAUGGAAGAAAGUCUAGCUGGGAUGACAACCCAGAAGGAGCAAUCCCAUUUUUUCAACCACAUUUCAGUAGUGCAGUAUUUGUGACUGUUCUGAGAUUAAUCAGGGUGGGUUAGGGAUAGGGAUGGGAGUUGGUGGGAUGAAAUUCAUAUAUAUAUAUAUAAGAAUUAUAUAUAUAUCUCAAAUGCAAGAAAAUCAACCAAAGGUAUUGGAUGGAACUACAUGAGGUUGUUGCCAAUGCCGACAUCUUUUAACUGUGACUUUGCUUUAUUUGUGUCUUAAGUGUAUUUGUUUUAUAGGACAGUAUUUAAUAAAACUUGAUAAAACAUAAUUGAAACACUUUUUAAGAAAUAUGUUAAAUAUAUUUACUUAGGCCACUAUCUUGAAGGAUCUUGGUGAAAGCUACCUAUCCCAAGUUUGCAUUGUGCAGGCAGGACUGUUGAACCCACUGAAAAGAAAUAUUCUUAAUUGUAAAGUAAUGUGGACUUGUAUGUAUAAGGAUAAUUUCAUUCAGGCAAUUGCAUAAAGAUUCUCCUUUGAGCAAAUUGCAAAAAGGGGGAAGCAUGAGAACCUCCUUUAGUAAAAACUAUUAUCUCAUAAGGUGCGGACAUAAGUAAAAUUUAAUUUCCUAAUUCUUCAUCAGCUGACUGUUGGUGUAAUUAACUUUGUCUAUUUGCCUACUCUUAGGGAACAAUGGCUGUUCUGCAAUGAAUUCCCUACUCCUUUCUGUUAUAUACAAUUGCCUCUGGGGAUACCCUGAGGCACAAAAAAUAUGUGCUUGAAAAAGCAUAUUGAGUCAACUUCAAGUGGCUACCAAGAGAGAAGGCUGAAGCAUCAACUUUUUAAAAAAAAAAUAGUGAUGGAAUAUUUCAUUCUUCCCACAUUUGCAGAACAUAAUCAGUACUAUAAUCUAAACUGGAAAAGGGCACCUUAUACUCAAUGCAGCUGUUUAAUUUGGAUGAUUAGGUGAUCUUUUCUUGUGGGGAAGGGUUCUGAGAAGAUACAUUUCCCCUUAUCCAUUGCAUUUUAAU